AUGCAACAUAUGGAAGCUCCAAUUCGGAACAAUACUACCAAAGACUUCAAUAUGGAUUGUCAAGCAGUUGAGAAUCUGAAACAUAUAGUUUUACAAGCCAUUCAUCAAUUCAUGCAGUCUCCAAAAAACUGUCAAUUAAAUAUUCAAAUCAAUUUUGAACCAUCCGUGGAAAAUCCUCUUGUUAAUAUCCCAACAGCUCAAAUACAAACAGUUCAAGAUGAAACCAUGCAAAAAUUUAUACAGUCCCUAGGAUCUGAGGUUACAGCUCCAGUGAUGAACCCUCUGAAGUCCCAAACAUCUAAAAGAGCUAUACGUAGUCGAUGUCCCAAAUGCCGAGAAGAGCAAAAUCUGAAAAAAUAA